GCCAGGAGCAGGGGGCUGGGAAGGCAGGAGGAGGCAGAGGUAGAGGCCUGGGCCACAGUGGGGAGGCAUCUCUGGGGGGCGGUGUGGGGAGGUGCAGUCAGCCAAGCCACAGAGGACCACUCAGAGCAGGAAGGAGGAAACAGAAAGCCAGAGAAGCACAGUGACCUGCCCAAGGUGACACGUCAGAACCUGCACCAAAGCGGAGGUCAGCUGACUUCACUCACGGAGGAGAGGGGAUGCAAAAAUGCAGGUCGGGAGAAGCUGAGGUGAGGACACAGCAAGUCGGCCAGAGAGGAUUCGGUUUCCGGAUUACUGUGAGCCUUUCCUUUGUGCCUGUGAGGAGGUAGGAGGCAUCAAAAAUGGCUCCGGACUGACUGCAGAGGGGUCAGGUCAUCUCGGAAGGAAGGGGGACAAGGCAGAAGAGAAGGAGGACGGGCAGCUCAGUGAGGCACAGCGAGACACACCUGUCUGUCUUCACUGAGCCAAAACCAGGGCCCUGCCGAGCUGGCGUCUCACCAGGACCACAUAUGGGGCGCCUGCUCCCACUCUUUCUGACAGUGGGACUCAGAGGUCUGUGUCACCUCCAAGACAGUGGGAAGCCACAUUCUGGCAGGCAGGGUCAGGAACACGUGGGCCCCAACGUGCCAUCCUGGUCCCCACAGUGCCCCUCGCCAGCGCCAGCUCCUAGAAUAGCUCAUCUCUGAGCUGGAGCCGGGCUGCCUGCCGGCGAUGUGCUUCCUAGAGAACCAGAGGGAAGGACUUAGCUCUGCAGCCGGACUGGACCCGUCAGAGGGAGCACAGGCAGCCGACGGCAGAGAGAAACAGCAAUGGAGACACGCACACAAGGAGUGAUGAGGCUCUCCUGACAUAGAAACGGUUCCAAAUCUGCAGAGAAGACUGAGCAGAUGCAGGGUUUCUGAGGCCAUGCUGAGGAGGUCAUAGGACCCCAUGUUCUGUCUGCAGUCAUGCUCAACAUCCUGGUGGACACAGGCAGCAGUAACUUUGCUGUGGGGGCUGCCCCCCACCCUUUCCUGCAUCGCUACUACCAGAGGCAGCUGUCCAGCACAUACCGGGACCUCCGGAAGGGUGUGUAUGUGCCCUACACCCAGGGCAAGUGGGAGGGGGAGCUGGGCACCGACCUGGUGAGCAUCCCCCACGGCCCCAACGUCACUGUGCGGGCCAACAUUGCUGCCAUCACUGAGUCAGACAAGUUCUUCAUCAAUGGCUCCAACUGGGAGGGCAUCCUGGGGCUGGCCUACGCGGAGAUCGCCAGGCCCGACGACUCCUUGGAGCCGUUCUUUGAUUCCCUGGUAAAGCAGACCCACGUGCCCAACCUCUUCUCCCUGCAGCUCUGCGGCGCCGGCUUCCCCCUCAACCAGUCGGAAGUGCUGGCCUCGGUUGGUGGGAGCAUGAUCAUCGGGGGUAUCGACCACUCGCUGUACACGGGCAGCCUCUGGUACACACCCAUCCGGCGGGAGUGGUAUUAUGAGGUGAUCAUUGUGCGGGUGGAGAUCAAUGGACAGGAUCUGAAAAUGGACUGCAAGGAGUACAACUACGACAAGAGCAUUGUCGACAGUGGCACCACCAACCUUCGUUUGCCCAAGAAAGUGUUUGAAGCUGCCGUCAAAUCCAUCAAGGCAGCCUCCUCGACGGAGAAGUUCCCAGAUGGUUUCUGGUUAGGGGAACAGCUGGUGUGCUGGCAAGCAGGCACCACCCCUUGGAACAUUUUCCCAGUCAUCUCACUCUACCUAAUGGGGGAAGUCACCAAUCAGUCCUUCCGCAUCACCAUCCUUCCACAGCAAUAUCUGCGGCCAGUAGAAGAUGUGGCCACGUCCCAAGACGACUGCUACAAGUUCGCCAUCUCACAGUCAUCCACAGGCACUGUCAUGGGAGCUGUUAUCAUGGAAGGCUUCUACGUUGUCUUUGAUCGGGCCCGGAAACGAAUUGGCUUUGCGGUCAGCGCCUGCCAUGUGCACGAUGAGUUCAGGACAGCAGCAGUGGAAGGCCCUUUUGUCACCCCGGACAUGGAAGACUGUGGCUACAACAUCCCACAGACAGAUGAAUCAACCCUCAUGACCAUAGCCUAUGUCAUGGCUGCCAUCUGCGCCCUCUUCAUGCUGCCACUCUGCCUCAUGGUGUGCCAGUGGCGCUGCCUCCGCUGCCUGCGCCAUCAGCACGAUGACUUUGCUGACGACAUCUCCCUGCUGAAGUGAGGAGGUCUAUGGGCAGAAAAGAGAGAUUCCCCUGGACCACAUCCGGUGGUUCACUUUGGUCACAAGUAGGAGACAGAGAUGGCACUUGUGGCCAGAGCACCUCAAGACCCUCACCCACCCACCAAAUGCCUCUGCCUUGACAGAAAAGAAGAGCUGGCAAGGUGGGUUACAGGGACUGCACCUGUAGGAGACAGGAGAGGGAAGAAGCGCUCUGGUGGCGGGAAUACUCUUGGUCACCUCCAACUUGAGUUGGGAAAUUCUGCUGCUUGAAACUUCGGCCCUGAACCUUUGCCCACCAUCCCUUUAGAUUCUCCAACCCAAAGUAUUCUUCUUUCCUUAGUUCCAGGAGUGGCAUCACACCCAGGUGACCCAGUGUGCAUCUCUGCAGUACGUUGGCAGAGAAAGGGCCAAUCUUGUUUCCCUGCUGGCCACGGUCAGCAGGGACGGAUGCACAGUUUGCUCCUUGCUUGAGACAUAGGGACUGUAUAGACAAGCCUAACAUUGGUGCAAAGACUGCUUCUUGAAUUAAAAAAUAAUUUAAAAAUAAUUUGUACAAAUAAUUUGUACAAAUGGGGGUGGUUAGACAAGAAGGAGAGGGGGUGCAAAGACAGGGAACAGCUGGGAUCAAAGCCAGGGAAGGCUGAAACAUGACAGCUCGCCAGUCCCAGUUUUAGACUCCAUCUCCAAGCUAGAACCCCAUCUUAGAAGAUGGGUUGCUUCCCAAUGUCUUCUUUUCUGUGGAUGCAGCCCAACCAAAAGUGUGAUGAGAAGAAGGGCUUUAGCCAAAAAGCUCUUUUUAUCUCUUUUAAAGGGAAAGUGCCCAUCAAAAUUCCCAUUUAACAAAUGAAUUUUUACCUAAUUCCUUGUCUCUACGUGAACCCUCUACUCUACACAUGAUAGGUGGCCCUGAAACAUCCCCAGCCCCAGAAGCCCAGGUGCCCUAUGGGAAAGCAGCUGGCAUAGAGCAAACCUAACAGGGCUGUGCUUUGUCUUCCUGGUUACGUGUUCACCCCUUCCCCAAAGCGCUAUUCCUCCGGAGCUUUGCAGCUGAGGUGCUAAGAAGAAGAGAUAGGAAAUCUCUCCUAUCUAAUCCUUGAAAGCAGAAUCCUGAAGAUUCAUUCAACAGGUAUAGAGGUGAUGCUCUAUACCCCUGCCUGGAUAACUUCCUGUUCAGAUGGAAGUAAUAGUAAGAUUCUGACAUAAUACAGAGCAGAUUCACUGCCUUCGCACCCUGUUUAAGGUCUGCCUCGUUUAUUUGGCUUAGCAACCUGCAGUGACACUAGUAUUAUACCAGGGCUCUCUGACUCCAGCAUCAUGGCCUUUAGUAUCAAGGCUGCAUGGAGAAAGGAUGACAGCCUCAGGGCUUCCUGCUUUCCUUCAUCACAAGAGCCCCUUGAUAGAGGCCAUCGUUUGCCCCCAUCUUGCUCUUUACUCUCCACUCCAAGCAGUACGUGGGUACCCAGGCUGGUUCUUGGGCUAGAUAGUGGGACCAAGUUCAUUUCCUCCCUAUCAGUUCUAACCCAGUCGACUGUGCUACCAGUGUUAGUGGGAAGAGCUGAAUUUUCUCACUAUUCCACUGGAUCCUAUUCCUAUCUAGUCAACACACUGCUUCCAGGUACGGGAACUGCAGAGGGUGGAAUUACCUGAAGAGGGAAAGGGAAACACAAGAGGGGCCUCUGGAGAUCCUGGCCUUAGCCAGCUGCCCACAAGCCAUAAACCAAUAAAAUAAGAAUACUGAGUCACUUUUUUUAAAAUCCGAGUCUUCUUCAUUCCCACUGCACUUGGUGCUGCUUUGGCUGACUGGGAACACCCAUAACCACAAAGACUGACAGGAAGACUGGGGACUGUCCACUUCCAGCUUGGAACUUACUGUGUAAAUACGCUUCCAGAAUUGCUACCAUGAAUUGAAAAUGCCACAUUCUGCUUUAUAAUCUUGACCCAUGUUGGGGAAAACUGGCUUUUCCCCCCUGCUCUUUCCAGGGCAUAAAACCCAACCCCUUCAUUAGUGAAUCUCAUUGUCUUAAUUUUUUAGUUUAAAAGAGAAAAUUUGUACUUAUUUUUCUUUUUACAGUUUCUUCCUCUCUACCCUGAAACCAUGAACUCUAAAGUGUAAAAAAAAAAAAUCUUCGCAACAGCUUCUUGCUUGUAAAAAUAUGUAUUAUACAUUUCUAUUUUUAAAUUCUACUCCAGAAAAAGGACUGUCCCAUCUCUACUCACUGCAUCAGGGCCUUCCCCAUGGGUCUGCACAGCUUUUAGUAGUGCAGGCAGUGGACAGAGGGAAAAGGGAGAACAAGGGUGGCCAAAACUCAAGUGCCACUUUUGGAACAAGAAUCCUGAACAAGAAAGAGAAAAGAGUGACGAGGCCCAGCUCCCAUGCACACCCUCCACCACUGUCCUGCCAUAGCUGGCUUUCCAGGGGCUUCCACCAGGAAGCAGUUAAGCGUCCCGCUCCCUCCUUUUUCCUCUUUACUCCUUUGGUGUCAAAGAUCUGUGGAAAAGAAACGGAAUACUCUUUAUGCCCAUUUCUAAUUUCUAAAUUUCCAUGGAAUCCUGACAAAUACUGCACGUGGCCCAGAGGCUGCCGGAAAAUUGAGGGGAGAUAAAACCUUAAGAUUUUAAGAUAAAAAAGGAUCCCCCCUCAAAUGGAAAGAACAAAAAAGCUGGUCUUCCAUUUUGCCGCAUUCCCUGUUCAUGACAGCUACCAAACUGGAGACAUUAAUAUUUCAUUAACCAAAGAAGGUGGGUCCUCUGACCUCUACAAUGGGAAGGACUCAGGCCAUUUAAUCACCCUACAAGAUGCCAAGGAGAUCCCAGGAAGUCCAGCUUCUUACACUGAUGCCAGUCAAUAAACUUGGGCAAGGAAGAUAAAGAGUAUGGGCACGAGCUGACAGGUAAGGAUGAAAGACAAAGAAGGCAGAGAGUAACAAAAACAGAGAGGAGAGGAUUUUGGGAUCAGAAAGGAAAGCCUUUGCUACCCUGAAAUGUACUGCUAGUGCCAGUAAGCAUUUCCAGGUCCCAGAAUGGGAGAAAUUCACCUGUUGGUAAUAUAAUCAUAUCCUUCCCUUGGAGCUAAUUCUUCUAUUAACACUUAAUUUUUAUGUGUUUCAUUCUACAACAGAAGGGAGCUGAAGCCAUUUCUUUUAGGAGUAAAGAUAAAAGGACAGGAAAAGAUUCAAAGCUCUAAGAGAAACAAAGCUUUUCUAGGCAUAAACCUAGAAACCGGAAGGGCUCAAUAAGCAGAGAUGGAAAAAUGAUCUGUCUAGUUCGAGAAAGCUAUCCACAGAACAAAUGACUCAGAAACUUGAACUCCAACCUCCCUUCUUUGUAUCGCUUUUGUUUCCAUUUUCCCAGGACACGAAACAUGUCCCCCACAGCGUUCUUACUUCAAAAACUCAAACACCUAUCCCAAGAUCACUCUGAAAGUAAUUUUGCACAGACAUCUCCUCCACCCCAGUGCCUGCCUGGAACUCACCCAAGGUCACCACACAACUUGGUUGUGAACCAACUGCCUUAACCUUAGGGGAAAGGGGGAGAGCUGGACUGGGAGGUCAGAGGUGAAGGGGCAGAGGUGAGGACUUCACAAGGUUGGUCUGUCAGAGCUUGAGCCGAAGCCAAGUCGGUGAUGGAAAGGGAUGGCUUGGCCCAGGAAAGACCUGUGGGUUGUGCUAGUUUCUAAAGAGAUGACUACCCAGGAAGUAGGGUGGCCAGAAGUUUGUGGGCGGCAUGGGGGGAAAUGGGACCCGGUUGUGUUGUUAUUCUUGGACUGUGAAUUUUGCUGAUGUCAAACAGAAUAUUCUGUAAACCUAAUGUCUAUGUACAAAUAAUGAGUGUUAACACAGUAAAAUAUUCAAUGAAAAGCCAAA